AUGGACCUUACGGCAGAAGAUGAUGACUUGUUGAGUUACUUCUUGUCCGCCAAUGUAACGGCAGAACUGCCUCCGCAGUCAAGUACAGACGACGGUACAGGUAUAACUGGCGUGGGCACUGAGCAGUUUACAGUGGGUCAAACGGUCCCUCUUGACCCGGAUCAAACGUUCGGUAGUGAGUCAAUAAGUGCGAUGCCCGCGAACAAUGAUUCCUCCUUUCAGCAGAAACAAGGAAGCUUCACAGAGAGCUCUAUGAUGCGUCCAAUGAGUAACGAUGAUGAUGCAUCGUCCAAUACGGGAACGCUAGACACAGAUGAGAAGCGGCAGCGGCGACUGGCUAGGAAUCGGGAGUCAGCGCGUCAGAGUCGCCGCCGCAAGAAGCAGUAUCUCGAGUUGCUAGAAGAAAAGGUGUCUCAAUUGACAGAGAGUAUUGAUACAACUCGCGCGAGUCAUUUGGAGCGUGCAGAUGAGGCACUGAAUCAAGUCCGGUCGGAUAUAUUGAAAAAUCUUGCAACUGAAAUGAAGAAUGGCGGCUUAGAAGAGUCUAUUCAAGAAAAGAUUCGACAGGGUCUUUUGCUGAUUCAGGAGCGAUUUGGACCAAACAGUGUUGAGCGACUUGCUGUAAAGGACUACAAUUUCCGUCAACUUGACAACCUGCUGCUACCUCCGUACUGCCGGUUUUUGUUGUGGCUUAGUAUCCAGGACGAAUCGUUUUUUGAUGAAGCUGAUGGAACGGGAGGGACAAAGAAUGCUGGAGAUGUACCCGAGAAGAAGAAAACGUCUGUUAUGGUGAAGAAGGACACGCUUUGGUUAACCCUGACAAGCGACCUCGCUCUUACCUACGAGCAGGAGGAGAAAUUGAAGUCACUGUACAAGUCGGACAAUUCGAAAAGCAGUAAAUCGGAACGUCGACGGCUGGCAAUGGCUGUGACUUAUUUAAGCAAGCUAAAGAAAAGCCUUGAGCAGCGCUCGGAGGCAGUUCAGCGACAAACCGAAAUGUUACACUCCAUCUUGACACCAGAACAGUCGCUGACAUAUUUGCGGUGGGUGGAUGCCAACCAGGACCGACUACCAGAUUUUGUGGACAAGACGCUAAAUUCCAGUGCAUCCGAUGCUGUGCGUGCUAUUUUGAGAAAAGAUGAUCGCGAUCUUACGGUCGAGGACGUGACGGCCUUGCUUGGAGAGCUGUAG